CUCCUUUCCAACAUCAGUCAGCUUGCAGCAACCCUUCUAAAGAAGAUUGACAAUGAAGUUACUAGGAUGGAUGCACCGAAAACUAAACCAAAACAGAGCAGACCCAAUGAUGAAUUUUACAACUGGAAAUCCUCCUAACUGCUACUCGGCAAGGAAGCCAUUUGAUGAGAAGCUUUACCAUGCAGAGCCCACCUAUAGCUUUGCACAGUCAGGACAGCCAAGCAGGAUAUGUGGAAGGUUCUCAAACGAAAUCACGGGAAACGGAAUUGAAGAGUCCUUCCAAGAAGACUCAUCCGAUGAGCUAUUCCAUGGUUUUCUUGCAAUUGGUACUCUAGGUUUAGAAUCACUAAACACAGAGCCCCCAACACCGACAUUUCCAAAGCCUUUUGAAAACAUGACUGACAAAGAAGUAAAGAUAACCGAAGAUGAACUCAAGCUAAUAAACAAUGAGCUAGCAAAGUUCCUUGAAGCCGAAGCCAAAGAAGUUGCUGAUGAAUCAUCAGCAAGAAGCAGUCAAGCAAGCAUCAUUACCUUUAGCAACAAGCAGCAUGAUGAGACAGAUGCAGAAGACUUGGCAGAUUCAACAACUUGUCCACUGCAAACGUAUCUCUUUGGUUCUUCCAUUGAAUUGCCCGAAAUGGCUGCAGUGCCAAAGAAAGAAAAGACAUCACUUGAGGAGCUCUUCAGGAGAACUGACACCAGUUGUGAGAAGUCUACAAAUAAGUAUGACUGCACAGACUAUCAACCUAAGAAACGGCAUGCUUCACACUUCAUAAAGAAGAUUCUGAAGAAGCUUCAGUCAACGGCAAGUAGUUGUACAACUGCUUCCGCAGAAAAAACAACUGAAUCUGAAGCUAUCAAGAGGAAACUCCCUAAGGUCAUGAAAAUCUUCCACCGAAAAGUUCAUCCAGAAGGAUUCACAACCAAGAAGCAGUUCAUUAAAGCAGAUGAAGACAAAAGCAAGAAAAACUCCAGCAAGUCCAACAAUCAUUAUGCGGAAGACACGGGGAAAAAAAGGUCUCAUAACAAGUCCGAUUUAAGGAAGGAAAUCUCCAAAUCUGUGCUAUCUUUUAAACGGGCAGACAGCGGCCGUGUAAUGGUUAAUAGGGAGCACUGGAUCAAAACUGAUGCUGACUACUUGGUGCUGGAGCUGUAGAAGAGAAGGCUCAGAAGAUGUGAAAUCUUUCAUCUGUUCAACUAUCAAUAAAUAUAGUUCAUGAGCGUGUGCUGGUAAUUAUGUCAUUAGCUAUGAGUGGUGAUGCUUGAACUCAAUGUAGAGAGAGAAUAAUGAGGGUUCUCCCUAUCUCCCUGUGUGUGAUACUGAAGUAAAAAUGGAUUGUACUACUAUUAUACUAAAUUUCCGAAGCAUUUCUGUCAAAAGAUGGUUUUUCUUACAUAAAUUGUAAUGUUGCAAACUCCAGGUCUUUCCUGCUGUCCAGUUGAGUUGCAUCAUACCAGAAUUGUGCAUCAAAGAAGUAUGAGC